AUGGAUUUCGAUCCAGAACUAGACUUGGCAGUGCAUAAGGAACAAAUAAGGGCCAAGAGGGACCCCGAUCUCACCAAAGUCUGGUUGCCAGUCUCGCGAGUGGAUGAAGCAAAAGAUGAAGGUUUACAGUUUCCUCCGCGAGCGCGCAGAUUAGCCCAGCUGCUUUGGCACCAGCUUGAGAAUGAGAGGACGACAACAGAUGCCGAUGAAAGAUAUUUAGAUGAGAUUAGGCAGGAAGCCGAUCGGGUCGUGGAAAGUUUCAGUAAAACAUCGUUCCCUGUGUUGCCAUCCUUAGACGAGAACUUCGUAGAACUCGCGGCUGUGCCUACACUAUCACAGCAGGAUAGGGAAUCCUCAUACGAUGCGGAGUCUUUUGUUUCGGUCAUUGAUCCUACGUCGGAGCCGGAUUGCAUCAAACUACGACAACACGAUUUCGCCGUGUCAGCGACAGACCCGUAUACCGAUACAAAUACGCUUAUUUACUCCCCAUCGCAAAUGCUGCCUACCAACGGCUCUGAACUUUGCUAUGAAGCGAGUGAGGACUCUCACAAGCAGGAUUCGGAGGUGUUCCGCUCGCCUCGGAUUCGUAAUAGUUUCUCGCUAUCCCCGUACCGUUGCUGUUCGGAUGAUUCCAAGUCAUGCUCCUUUCAAGAACCCCAUGACAAAGUCAAAGAAUCUCUGGUAGCGGUCGUCAGUGAUGAGAUACCGGAGAAAGAGUCGCCCGAGCAGGAGUCUGUCGAGCUAUCCGUUUCAAAAUACUUUGUACAAAACGCAGCUUCUGAUACUACUCAUGAAACACCUGAACUUCCACGGUUAGAAACCCGACUGAGAAAUCGAGGUGGUAGUAUGGUUAAUAAAGGAUUGGGAUGGAGUUUCUCGCAGAAGGGCACGACAGAAGAACGAGUGGCUGGCAUACAAGCACAGGCCGCUACCCGCAAUUUCCUCGAACUGUCGAAAGAGUCAAUACAAGAGCGAAGUAGCAGUAAGAAUUCUUACAACACUGGCAACCUGCUAGAUCAGUUUAUGCAAAUGCGAGGUAUUAGGAACAGUCGAGCGAUUACCUCCGACAAUGGACCACCAUCGAUAUCAAGUCACCCAAAAGCCCGCAAUCCGGACCAAGAAUUGGCCAAGAUGCAAACCAAUACAAACAUCGAAAAAAGUCCGGAUCAACAACCUGCUCUUGCGCCAAGAAUGAUGACUCUACAAAAACCCGGAUGUUGCUUGAUAUCACUCCAGCUGGGAUACUCUAUGAUCAAGAACCUGGAGAAAGCUUGGCCGGCCAACAAGUUGGUUGACAGGGACUAUGCGAGGCAUCUACGCCUCCCAGAUCAGUAUACAUGUGGCAACAACACCGCCUCAUUUAUUUCUCAUGCCCAUGAAGUUGAUGUUUCUUUGACGCCAAAUGACGGCAUAGUUGUAACGACUCUGUUGCAGGUCAAGCAAAAACAACUGCCCGGGUCAAAGAUUUUGACAUCGCUGCGUCAAAGAAUAUUGAGCCUUAGCCAACAAUACCGAACACUUAUAGUAUUUGUUUCUGAAGCCAAUACCGCUGGUGAAUACAUGACAGAACUGCCAACGUCAGAUCUGGCUGCAUAUGCUGAUUUCGUUUGUUUCGUCUCCCACCUUGCAGCAGAUAUCAGUGUUUACCUUGUUCCAGGGGCAGAUAAGACGCUCUCCAGCUGGAUCUUGUCGGCAAUGGCACACUAUAAUCCACAAAUGACGCAUCUUGAAGACAGCAUGGCAUUUUGCAAUACCAAGUGGGAGCUGUUCUUUCGACGAUCUGGUAUGAAUGUGCGAGCUUCCCUUGUGCUAUCUCAUGUGCUGUUCAAAGAAUUUGGGAGCUCUGGACUGGCUUCCUUUCUACGAAUGACGACAGAGCAACAAAUGACAAAAUAUGGGGUGCCGUUGGGACUGGAAGAACAUAUUUCACGUGCAGGACGAAUAUGGGAUACCGAUGACAAGAAAAUAUAG